AUGGCUGUUGAAGAUCAAGAUUUUAAAACCUAUCUGAUGAACAUCCCCCUACCCAUCCCAGUCCAUCCCCAAUUCUUACUCUUGUUUAUAAGCCGAUCAACAAUGUUCUUGAGAUUUGAAAUUAACAGUUAUCAUGAGUAUCGUAGCAUGGGGUUUUACACAUUAAUAACAUUAGUAGACGCUUCUCUCUUCGUUUCACCUGCUAUUGCAUCUUCCUUGUGGGUGUCUGUUCCCUACUCCCUCUUGGAGUUCCUGUCCUCUGUGCCACUGCCGGUCCCUUGGAUUGCUUACUGCCUUUCAGAGCCGGUACAACAGCCGCAACAGCGCCUCCUAUCAGGGCGAUAA